GAUCGUGAGCGGCUCGCUCAAACGUGCCGACUGUCUUUUUCCCGCUCAGUUUGAAGCCAUCAAGAGGCUGAGGGAAGAGGAAAUCUACCCAGCAAGGACACUCGCACAGACACAGUUUCCAGAGCUCUCACCUCCUCUCUCGUUCUGUGUUUCCUUCUCACACUCUCUCCCUUGCUGAGCCAAUAACUGAGGCAGCGUUGGCACAUGCAACAGGGUGCGGAAGGCAAACUCGUUUCAUCUUCUCUCCCCUCUCACAACGAGGAGGAGAAGAAGGGAAGGGAAAAAGAAGUAGGGAGGAUAUGCCCUAAUACCUGUGCUGCAAUUUCAAAGAGAGAGCUUUAGCCCACUUUUCCUGGCUUUUUUCAAGUUCCCUACAAGUUGACAGGUCAACGAAGGAUACUUUCGAAGCCAUGAACAAACGCAAGUGGGAAGGAAGGAGAGAGGGCUUCAGGGCAAGCUCCAGCCGUGAUGAGGCACAGGGGCCCAGCCGCCCCACCAGCAGAGGGCGCUUCUCGGAGUCCUGGAGGCGGCUCAGUUCCAGACAGGGGUCCACCAAGAGGUCAGGACUGGCUUCGCAGCAAGCAGCGGCACAGAAAUCGUGGAUCGAGAGGGCUUUCAGCAAGAGAGAAUGUGUGCAUAUCAUCGUCAGCACCAAAGACCCCCAUAGGUGCUGUUGUGGGCGUCUCAUUGGCCAGCAUGUGGGCCUGCCCCCCAGCAUCUCGUCCAAUCAGAACGACAAGUCGGAGCGCUUGACGAAGAACGACAGUUUGUCGGAGAAAUGGUCCAUCAGCAAGCACACACAGCUAAGUCCCACCGAUGCCUUCGGGACCAUCGAGUUCCAGGGAGGGGGCCACUCCAACAAAGCGAUGUAUGUGCGAGUGUCCUAUGACACAAAGCCAGACCUGCUGCUGCACCUGAUGACUAAAGAGUGGCAGCUGGAGCUCCCCAAGCUGCUCAUCUCCGUACACGGGGGUCUCCAGAACUUUGAGCUGCAGCCCAAACUGAAGCAGGUGUUCGGCAAGGGCCUCAUCAAGGCCGCCAUGACUACUGGUGCCUGGAUCUUCACCGGGGGCGUCAAUACAGGGGUCAUCAGGCAUGUGGGCGACGCUCUGAAAGACCACGCCUCCAAAUCCAGGGGCAAAAUCUGCACCAUUGGCAUCGCUCCCUGGGGCAUAGUGGAGAACCAGGAGGACCUCGUGGGCAAAGAUGUGGUCCGGCCUUACCAGACCAUGUCCAACCCAAUGAGUAAAUUGACCGUUUUGAACAGCCUGCACUCCCACUUCAUCCUGGCAGACAACGGCACCACAGGCAAGUACGGUGCUGAGGUCAAGCUUCGACGGCAGCUGGAGAAACACAUCUCCCUGCAGAAGAUCAACACACGAAUCGGCCAGGGCGUCCCGGUGGUGGCUCUGAUUGUGGAGGGCGGCCCUAAUGUGAUCUCCAUUGUGCUGGAGUACCUGCGGGACACACCCCCUGUGCCUGUAGUGGUAUGUGAUGGCAGUGGACGAGCCUCGGACAUCCUGGCAUUUGGCCACAAGUACUCAGAGGAGGGAGGCCUCAUUAAUGAGUCUUUGCGGGACCAGCUGUUGGUUACCAUACAGAAGACGUUUACGUACAGCCGCACUCAGGCCCAGCACCUCUUCAUCAUCCUCAUGGAGUGCAUGAAGAAGAAGGAGCUGAUUACAGUGUUCCGAAUGGGUUCCGAGGGACACCAGGACAUUGACCUGGCUAUCUUGACAGCUUUACUAAAAGGUGCCAAUGCUUCAGCCCCUGACCAGCUGAGCCUGGCUCUGGCCUGGAACCGUGUGGAUAUCGCACGCAGCCAAAUCUUCAUCUAUGGACAGCAGUGGCCUGUGGGCUCUCUGGAGCAGGCCAUGCUGGAUGCGCUGGUGCUGGACCGUGUGGACUUUGUGAAGCUGCUCAUUGAGAACGGUGUGAGCAUGCACCGAUUCCUCACACUUUCCAGGCUGGAGGAACUCUACAAUACGAGGCACGGACCAUCCAACACCUUGUAUCACCUCGUCAGAGAUGUAAAAAAGGGUAACCUGCCACCCGACUAUCGCAUCAGCCUGAUUGACAUUGGCUUGGUCAUUGAGUACCUGAUGGGCGGGGCCUAUCGCUGCAACUAUACACGGAAGAGGUUUCGAACCCUCUACCACAAUCUGUUCGGCCCUAAAAGGCCAAAGGCCCUGAAGCUGCUUGGAAUGGAGGACGACAUGCCAAUCCGAAGAGGGCGCCAGAAGACCACGCGGAAGCGAGAGGAGGAGGUGGACAUCGACUUGGAUGACCCUGAGAUCAACCACUUCCCUUUCCCCUUCCAUGAACUUAUGGUGUGGGCAGUGCUGAUGAAGAGGCAGAAGAUGGCGCUCUUCUUCUGGCAGCACGGCGAAGAGGCGAUGGCCAAGGCACUGGUGGCGUGCAAACUCUGCAAGGCCAUGGCACAUGAGGCAUCAGAGAAUGAUAUGGUGGAUGACAUCUCGCAGGAACUCAAUCACAAUUCCAGGGAGUUUGGGCAGCUGGCAGUGGAGCUGCUGGAUCAGUCCUACAAGCAGGAUGAGCAGAUGGCCAUGAAGCUGCUCACCUAUGAGCUGAAGAACUGGAGCAACGCCACCUGCCUGCAGCUGGCUGUAGCCGCCAAACACCGCGACUUCAUCGCCCACACGUGCAGCCAGAUGCUGCUUACUGACAUGUGGAUGGGGCGGCUGCGCAUGCGCAAGAACUCUGGCCUCAAGGUGAUUCUGGGCCUGCUGCUGCCUCCCUCCAUCCUGAGCCUGGAGUUCAAGAACAAGGACGAGAUGUCGUACAUGCCUCAGGAGCAGGAGGCCUACCUGCAGGAGAAGGAUUCGGACGAGGCCGACAAGCCGGCAAAGGACAAAGAGGAGGAGGACAUGGAGUUCACCGUAAGAGCAUACUGUGAGGCGCAGUACAACUCCGUGGCCAUGCUGGGGAACGUGAGCUCGGAAGCAUCUUGUAAGAAGGAAGUGCAGGAGGUUCAGCACCGGCAUCGCCUGAUUCCAGUGGGCCGUAAGAUCUACGAGUUUUACAACGCUCCCAUCGUCAAGUUCUGGUUCCACACGAUGGCCUACGUGGGCUACCUGAUGCUAUUUAACUACAUUGUGCUGGUGAAGAUGGACCUGUGGCCUUCUCCUCAGGAGUGGAUCGUGAUCGCCUACAUUUUCACCAAUGGUAUUGAGAAGAUGAGGGAGAUCCUGAUGUCAGAGCCGGGGAAGCUGCUGCAGAAAGUGAAGGUGUGGCUGCAGGAAUACUGGAACAUCACUGAUCUCAUGGCCAUCCUCAUCUUCUCCAUCGGCAUGGUGCUCCGCCUCCAGGACCCGCCACUCAUGAGCUACGGGCGGGUCAUCUACUGCGUCAACAUCAUCUACUGGUACAUCCGCCUGCUCGACAUCUUCGGAGUGAAUAAAUACCUGGGCCCCUACGUCAUGAUGAUCGGCAAGAUGAUGAUUGACAUGAUGUAUUUUGUGAUCAUCAUGUUGGUGGUGCUCAUGAGUUUCGGGGUGGCGCGUCAGGCCAUCCUGAACCCUAACGAGGACCCCUCCUGGAUGCUGGCGCGCAACAUCUUCUUCAUGCCCUAUUGGAUGAUCUAUGGCGAAGUCUUUGCCGACCAGAUUGACCAUGUGAAUAGUAGGAAGCUACAGAACAGGCCGAAUGAAAAACUCUGGCUGGUCGAAAAUUACAUUCGAGCUCAAGGAACUGGGCGUAACAGUGGUCCAUCCCAUAUAGCACCAUGUGGACAGAACAUCACCACAGAAGAUGGCGCUAUUGUGCCACUGCCCCCGUGCAAGACUGGCGCAUGGAUCGUCCCUGCCAUCAUGGCCUGCUACCUGCUCGUGGCUAACAUCCUUCUGGUCAAUCUGCUCAUCGCUGUCUUCAACAACACGUUCUUCGAGGUUAAGUCCAUCUCUAACCAGGUGUGGAAGUUUCAGCGGUACCAGCUGAUCAUGACCUUCCACGAGCGCCCCGUUCUUCCUCCUCCCCUCAUCAUCUUCAGUCACAUGACCAUGGUUCUGAAGCACCUGUGCUGUCGCUGGAGGAAGCAUGAUGAUGACGAACGGGACUUUGGAUUAAAGCUCUUCAUCACAGAAGACGAGCUGAAAAAAGUCCAUGACUUUGAGGAGCAGUGUAUCGAAGAGUAUUUCCGAGAGAAAGACGGCUUUAACUCCUCCAACGAUGAGAGGAUCCGAGUGACGUCUGAAAGGGUGGAGAACAUGGCCAUGCGUUUGGAGGAAGUGAACGAGCGGGAGCACUUCAUGAAGGCCUCCCUGCAGACCGUGGACAUCCGGCUGGCCCAGAUGGAGGAACUGAUUGGCCGCAUGGCUGUGGCACUGGAGAGGGUUACAGGUGUGGACAGGGGCGAGGUGAACAAGGUUCGCUCCAGGACAUCGUCGGACUGCACCGACACCAACUACAUCCUCCGGCAGAGCAGCUUCAACAGCCAAGAGGGCAAUGCCUACAGGCUGCAGGAGUCUCUGGAGCAGGGUGGGGAGGAGUCUAUUUCACCAACCUCGCCCACUGCACUGGCUCCAAGAGCAAGGAGCCACUCCUUCUAUGUGGGCCAUUCAUUCAGGGACAGGUGCGGGCCAGACCGCGCAGAGGGCUUCUUCAAGGAACGCUCUUUGAGCCUACACCGGGCUAAUAGCUCACAGUCUGUAGCAUCAGGAGCUGCCACCAAAGAGUGCAAGCCUGCUCCUCUGAACACUCUGUCAGUGCAACAGCAGCAUCGGCCUUCGUCCUGUAUAGAUAUAUAUGUGUCUGCAUCGGAGGAGGCCCAGCCCACGGAGAGCUUCCUGGAGCCGAUCAGGACGGUUCCACCACUCGCACGAGAAUCCUCACUCCAUUCUGAGAUCAUGGAGGCAGUGAUGUCCGGGGGGCGGGACUACAGCGGGAGGGCGGGGCCAAGCGAAAGACAGACUGAUGGCACAGUUUUAUUUGAGGACAGUGCUGCCGCUGACCUGUCGCUGUGCUCUGCUCACCUGCUGCCAGACACCCUUCCCCCCUGGGACAUUGACCCAUCCCCUCCACCCUCGGCGGGCAUCCUGGAACGUUCAAAGAGCAGUCGUUUCCUGUCUGCGGCAGGGCCCCUGUUCCUAGAUGAGCCUCCACUGGUGAAGUCCCACAGCCUGAUGUUCACGCCACGCACCUACUAUGGAGGCAUUGGGGUGCAGGUGAAGGCAGCUGAAUACACCAGCAUCACAGACUGCAUUGAUACCCGCUGUGUUUCCACACCAUACCCUGCACCAGAGCGAUCCGACUCACCUGGGGGCUCGUUUACCUUUGAAAAGCCCCAGGAUUUGGGUACCUCCCACCCAGAGCGGGAUGCUGAGCUGAGCCAUGCGGAGUCUGACCCUGAGGAGCAUGCUGAGGGACCGGCUGACACCAGCAAAUCCUGUCCCAGUGCAGGGGGAGGGAGCAGUGUAGGGGUGGAUUUGGGCCUGGGCUUAGCCCUUGGUCCCUUUUGCUCUCCAAUCUCCAGACUGGAGCGAGCCAACAGCUGCUCCUCUUCUGAGGACUCCCAUUCGAACGUCUACGCCCGGAAGAGCUUUUCCAUCAGCGAGCGCAUGGACAAGGGUCGAGGGGCCGCCAGGAACCCCUUCCAGAGGAGCAAGUCUGGGGCCAGGCCCGAGAGCAAGACGGACACCCUGUCCUUGAGGAAGAUGGCCAAGCCGACAGCUUUCCAGAGUUUCGACGGCAGGCAUAACUACACGUGAUGAUGGUGGAGGUCAAGGAAAAGGCGCAAUUGACAUCGUAGAUCUACAGUAGUACGCGUAGGAUGGAAAAAGAGGCUCUUUCUUGUUUGAUGUCCAAGGGCCCGUCCAUCAAGCAGUUAGCAUUGUUUGGGUGAAUUAUGUGCUCUACAUUGUAAUGGUCAUGGUUAGCAAAUUAGCGCACUAUGACACCAUAGUACAAAUCUGGAUUUCCUUCAAUUAGACCAACUGCCAUUUGGAUUAAAACUAGUUCCCAGCUCCUUUGAACUGGUAAUGUCUAAUGUUCCUUCUUGCUGUGGAUUCAGGUUGAAAUAGAAUAGGAACAUAUGUAUUCACAACAACACGUGUUGAGCGGACUUGCAAUGCAUUGUCUGUAGAGAAAGAGGGCAUUCCCAUCACGUUCUAGCUUAGUAAGCCAUGUUUUAAACCGAAUGAAUUCCUCUCUCUCUACUUUAAUCAACUUCCACCAUGAGUAUGUCUUAAUACUUUGAUUUGUACUAGCCAUGUUUCAGUCAUACUGACACAUGUAGGAGCUGUGAUUUUAAAAUGAAAUCAAAUGAAAUCUUAAAGGGAAAUAUUUUUAAGAGUGAGACUGACAUAAGAAAAGACAUUUAGACUUUGUUGUAUAUAAAAAUCAAUUAUCUUGGACUUGUUUGCUCUCUAUCAUUUAAAGCGCACUCACACACACUCACACCUUCAAAGGCAGAUAUAUUUUCUCAGAUGUUGAAUGUAGAUUAAAGCAAGAUUUUAUCAUGAGAAUAUACAUUAUAUUGAACCCUUGAAACACUUGCUUUUAGGCCCUUAUAGGGUGCAACCAGUGCUUUUCCAACAUUUGUCCAGCAUUUUCAUCACUUACUUCACAAUAUUUCUCUUGGGCACUAGCCAGUCCAACUGGAACACAUUCACGAUUUGGCCUUCCGUUCAAUGCACACUCUUAUUUAGGCCAUCCUCAAUCACAUGGCCACCGCUGUGGCAUAAAUCAUGUUGACAUGUUGUGAUCUUACUCAACCCGUAAUUUAUGGAAGUACACACUAGAGGGCAGCAUGUUCACAACCAAAACAAUCACACUUCAGCAGCUUGUUUAGCUAAAAAAAGGGAGACUGAUUCGUUUCUUUUAUGUUUUUCUUCACAGACAAGUUGAUUUAUGUAGACUUGCUAUGCAAGAAGCCAGGCAGGAGUGGACAGGGAGCGGUUUUUAUGCACUUUAGAACAGGUGUUGAUUUCAGGUAUGCACAUUUCUAAUCGAAACUUGCUAGCACGCCAUUUUCAGGACGGCUGAGAGGUUUGGAGUCGAGGCUGUAACUUAACGAACCGGCCAUUUGUGCUAGCUGCCGUUCAGUUUUGCUGUUCCCAUUUGACGGGAAAUGGGCGAAAAAACAGCGCAGCGUCAUAUAUUUCCAUUUCCCUGCAUUUUUAUGUUUGAGAAUAUUAUUAGAGUAAUUACAUUGUUAUUACAUGUAUAUACAACCUUUCUUUGAUUUGAGAAGUGAUGAAUGGUUUGGUAAAAGAUUUCUACGAUUCAUUUGAUUGAUGUAGAUGGAUCUGAAUGAGCCGCUUGGCUCUUAGUAUGUUUUAUUUUAGAGAAAGACACCGUUGCCAUAUUCACGGGAUCAAUGUCGGAUUGGUGAGGAGCCCUGGAAAUUGUAAUAUCUUGGUAGCGUUAGAACUAAAAAGCUAAAGCAAUACAAAACAAAAGGAAGCUAUCGUGAGGUUUAAUAGUCUGAAAGGAAGGUGUUAAAGUGAUGUUAGGAAGUCUGUCAGUGUCACGUCCGCCUCCACUAUGUAACCUAGUUCUUUUGCCUUAUUCAUGUGCAAUAGCGCUAAGAGAUUUUACUAUUUAAUCACUAUCGUUCGCCUCUGUAUUGCAGGGUUAGGAAGUAGUCAUGGGAGAUCUGUGUUGACCAAAAAAGUCUGAAAGUGUCAAAUACUUAUUUUGCUCAUAUACAGAUCACUGUGCUUUUCAUAUAGUCUUUAUCACUGACUUACUCGGUAUUUGGCAUAUGCGGUUCUUGGCAAGAAGCCGUGGCCCAGCACGACCCUUCAAACCAAAAGGAAUAUGAGGCCGAAAAGCUUUAAAAGAAGGGUGGAGUAUCUAUAGAUGUACAUAGAUGAUCGUAUUUUCCUAAAGGCCUCCUGAUAGACCAACACUAGGCCCACUGUUGGACUGGUUCCAGCAACUAUGAGAGUUCCUCAGAUCUGACCAUGGUGGCCCUCAACGCCCCAGUCGAGUCAAACCCUUCACUAUGUAGUGCUGUGGCUGGAUUAGAGCAACAGGGCCUCCAGCUAUUCCCAUAAGCACCCGGUCACCACAUGUAAAGGUUCCGUAUACAUCCUGUAAAUGUCGCUGUGGUUGUAAAAGGUCAUCCCGUUUAACACGACCCAGACGAAGAGAAGGUUUCUGUGCAUCUGACCCACCUAGCGUUGUGCCAAAACAAUACAAGGACACUUCAUGUACAGUAUUUUCUUAAUAUUUUCCUAUACUGUAGCAUACAGGUUUGUGAACCACACUUCCACUUUUAAGUCCACAGCCCCUCACCCCACCCCCACCCUCCUCCUCCUUUUCUUUUCUUUUUUUACUUUAUUUGUGAGCACUUGUAUGCUAAUGAGUCCGAGCACAUGUUUUCCGCAAUAAUAUCGUAGUUUUAUCCGAAGGGUUCAUAGAUGAUUUAGUGUCCUAAAAAAAAUGCAUGUCGUUCUUCCACAGGACGUGAAAUGAAUUCUGGGAAAAGAGAGAAAAGAGGGCAAAGGGCGAGACCAGUCUUGUCCUCCCAUCGUAGUCGGUUGAGUAUUUGGAUGCAAAUACAAAAAUAUGUAUUCUUUAAUAUUCCUUAAUGUGAAUAGGAUGUUUGGCAUGUAUUAUUAAAUAAAUGAAUAUUUAAGUGAA